ACUGGUGUUAGGACUGGCAAAAAUUAAGGGGGCGUGCCAGUGUGCUCUCCACUUCUCCAGCAGGUACUCACUACCAAGCUCACUACAUACUGUCAAUUUCUGUUAUAACAGAUCGAGCACCUUCAUAAAAUUUUGAUAUUAUACAUUAUGAUCAGAGAUAGAUUAGAUAAUAAUCAGUGCAUGUAACGCCCCAUGCAACUCGCAAAUGAUACAGGACUGUGUAGAGUGAAAAAUGGAAUUUCUACUUGGUGGGGUGGCAGCCGUCAUCUCCAAUGUGGUGUGCAACCCCCUGGAUGUUGUCAAAAUCCGGAUGCAGCUGCAGGGCGAGUUGCUUGCCAGGGGUGAAUACACGGUGCACUACAAGAACGUUUUCCACGCAUUCUACACCAUAGGCAAGACUGACGGAAUAUUAGCCCUGCAGCGAGGACUUGUCUCCUCUUCAGCCCACCAGUUCAUUUUGAAUGCCAUCAGACUUGGCGCUUUCCACUAUGCAGAAGACCGAGGUUGGACGACAGACGAAACAGGCAAUCGAACUUCUCUACCCAAAAGUGUUCUAAUAUCUUCAGUUGCUGGAGGCAUAGGAGCUGUUGCUGGCAGCCCCUUUUACUUGGUCAAAACUCAAAUGCAGUCUUAUUCAAACAGCCAAAUUGCAGUGGGCCAUCAACACAAGCAUUUGGGACUGUUUUCUGCCUUCAAACAUAUUUACGGAGAGCAUGGCUUAAAGGGCUUGUGGCGCGGCACCAACAGUGCAGUACCAAGGAUGGCUGUAGCUUCUGCGGCUCAAUUGACGUCUUAUGAUCUUUUUAAGAGAUACUUCAAUGAAACCAAGAUUUUGUCCGAUGACCACAAAAUAAACUCGUUCGUCUCUAGUGUACUCAGCAGUUUGGUAACCGUUGUUGUAAAAACGCCAUUUGAUGUUGUUUCAACCAGAAUUUAUAAUCAAGGAGUGGACGCCAGUGGAAAAGGACUCCUAUAUUCUGGAGUGGUGGAUUGCUUUGUGAAGACAGUUGGAAAAGAAGGAUUUUUCGGACUCUACAAAGGUGUUGGCGCUGCUUAUUUGCGACUCGGCCCUCACAUCAUCAUCAGUCUAGUUGUGUGGGACUGGCUUAGAUUAUUAUAUGACCCUAGCAAAUAGCAGCAGUUGACAAAAUUUAUUAAUAUUUCUGACAAUUGGUGCAAACACCUGCUGUGAUUUAAAUUUAAAGCAGUUAUUUUAAUAUCUUACUAUUUGAUUGGUUAUCAAUUGUAGAAAUAAGUAGAAUAAGUUAGUGCUUACAUAGGGAGAAUUGGAGAAUAAAGAGUAUAAUGACAACUAGGGCCUAUGACAAGUAGUUGACAAAAAUGAAAAAAAAAUUUUGCUGCGUUUAAAAUUUAAAGAAGUAUAAUUAUAAUCUUCAAUAAGUGCCAUUUACAAUUGUUAUUGUUCAAAGAUGUCCACCAAUAAAGGCUAGUCUGGUUAGGUAUUUUUGCAAAUAAGAGCUGGGCUUUGGAAAAUUACUGCAUUUUAUUUAAGUACAGAAUAUAAAUUAUUCAAUACACUUUUGCGUACUUUACAACUGCUUAUUUAUAAAAACAAAAGUUAUUAACAAGGCUUCCGUUUCUCCUUUGCAGCACCAAAUGGUCCCAAAUUAAGAAAAAAAAUCACAACUAUACCACUAUUCAAUUCAACUAAUAUAAUUUUUCACUCUCAGGUGGCCAAUUGGUGCGCAGGGAAAUGAAAAUACAAAGACUAUACUUGCGUUUGAUCUAUCACUAAAAAGUUAACGGCAAGGCUGAGGUACAUAGCAUUAAAAUUCUUUGAUUCAAAAUCAUUCGCAAAAUGCCUGUACAAUAGGCAGCAUUAUUAGUGUGGUCCAUGUAUGAAAAUAAUUGAAUUUGUCUCUCAGGUGUACUUUGCGUAUUGUCAAUUUUCUCAAUUCGCUGGAUUGAAUAAAAAAUUACAAAAAGAGUAAAAUCUGAUUAAUGAUGAGCUAAAAAUUUUAAUUCGUAAAAAAUUGAUUCAAAACAUUCAAGUAGAACAGCUUCAGAAGCAUGAUGACUAUUUUUCCCA